AUGAGAGUGACCGUCUUCAAAAAUGGAACCAACUCUAAUGGAAAGGUUUUGUUGGUUCCUGAGAGCUGGGAAGAGUUGCUGAAAGAAAUCAGCCACAAGUUGAGAAUCAGCACAACACAAGUCUAUAACUGUUAUGGUGGAUGCAUUGAAGAUUUAACAGUUAUCAGAGAUGAUGAUAUACUUUAUGCUUCAGAAGGAGAAUCUUUUAUAGCUGUGGGCAAGUGUCAUUGUCAUAUCCUUGGUUCUCUGGAUGCUUUGUCUUUGGCAGGCGGAGCUAGUGCAGACGUGUCAGACUGGGUGACUCUAAAUGUUGGAGGGAGAUUAUUUACAUCCACAAGAGGCACAUUGACCAGGUUUGAUGCUGACAGCAUGCUAGCACGGAUGUUCAGCACUGAAUCAGAAGUGGAAUGGAGUAGUAGAGUGGACAAAUCAGGAGCAUAUCUUAUUGACCGAAGCCCCCUUUACUUUGAACCUAUCUUGAAUUAUUUACGACAUGGACGUCUUAUCCUGGAUAAAUUUGUGAACCCAGAAGGUGUGUUAGAAGAAGCAAAGUUCUUUGGCCUAACUUCUUUGAUAGAAACUUUGGAAGACAUGAUGGAGAGGGAAGAACUUCCAGAUGAUAACACUCCCCUUACCAGGCGUGAGUUUAUACUGCGGUUGAUCAGUACACCAACAAAUCAGGAGCUCAGGUGCCAAGGCAUGAAUUUUGCAGGAGCCAAUCUGUCUAAACUGGAUUUGAGAUACAUUAACUUCAAGUACGCCAUUUUAAAGAAUGCAAAUCUCGCCGGAGCUAAUCUGUCAUUUUGUAACUUUGAGAGAGCUGAUAUGCGCAGGGCUGUAAUAGAUUCUGCAAAUCUGCUUGGUGUGAAGAUGUUGUGUGCCAACUUAGAAGGAACCUCAAUGAGGGGAUGUUAUUUUGAAGAUCCAGCUGGCAGCAGAGCUAAUAUGGAAGGAGCCCUCAUGAAGAAUGUCAAUUUGGCAAGUAGCCACAUGGCAGGCGUCAAUUUGAGAGUAGCCACACUGAAAAAUGCAAACUUGCAAAACUGUGAUCUACGUGGAGCAGUUCUGGCUGGGGCAGACUUGGAGAAUUGUGACCUGACUGGUUGUGAUCUGCAAGAAGCAAACCUCAGGGGAGCUAACCUAAAGGGGGCCACAUUCGAACUGAUGUUGAAUCCCUUGCACAUGGCACAGGCUGUUUGA